CAGUCAGAAACCACAGCCACGGAGGGGUCUGAUUAGUAUUCUGUAUUCGACUGUAGAUCUGAAGGCUGUCUCUGGAGCCACUGUCUGUUUUAAAUAUGAAAUGAAACAUGAAAAUAAACCGAGAAGAAGAAGAAGAACAAACAUGAAGAAGCUCAGACUGUCUCCUCCAGGCCGCCAGGGGGCGACAGAGAAGCUCAGACUGCGGAUCCAUCCUGUGUUGACAUGUAGCUGAGUUAGCAUUAGCUUGUGCUCUGCGGGUCAGAGGUCAAAGGUGAGCUGUUGCAGUCGUGGUCAUGGUGAAGCAGCAGCAGCGGAGGACAGACAGUGUGGCGCAGGUUCGAUUCCUUGCUGGUUCCAUACAGAGGAGACCGCCCUCGUUGCAGGGUUCAGGCAGGCAGUGGGCGGGCUCAGGGACAGGAAGUGCUCACAGCUGGCCGCACGGCAGCCGCUCCACCACCACAGAAGAAGAGAGAGCAACUACACAGGGAGCCCUGGGACCUGAUGGAGGUUCAGGAGAGACAAAGAGGGCCAGACUGGAUGGAGUCGCAGAGUUGUCUGCUCUGGUCCCUACGUCAUGUGAUCAGGCAGCCAAUCAGAGCAGCUUGACACCAGAUGGUGUCUCCUGCAGAGUUCCCCCUCUCGACCAGCUGGGGGCAGCAGGGCUUAGUGAGGACAGCAGAGCUGCUGAGCUGCAGAGUGUGGGGUCACUAAAGGUCACCAUCCAGCGAAGCAGCGAGAGCAGAGAGUUUGGACAGACAGACAGGACAGCAGAGACACAGACAGGUGGACUCCACUGUCACGUGUGUAACCUCACCUGUCGAUCUGUACAGGUGUUUCAUGAACACAUGUCAGGAGCAGAGCACAUGAAGAAACUUCAGGAGAUCACACACUGCAUCGGCCUUAACACACACACAAAGCAGGACAGGGGGCUUCGGCCUCACACUCAGCGCUGGUGUGACUCCUGUCAGACUCACUUCAGUGAUGACGUCAUCGUCCAUCGACAGACAAAACACCACAAGAUGUGUAAGCAGCUGUGUCGUCCCUUCUGUCCCGUGUGUAAACGUCACUUCAGGACGCCCCGGAAGUUUGUGGAACACAUGAAGUCUCCAGAACACAAACAGAAGGUUCACCAGCAGGAGGCGCAGGAGGAGGAGCUGAUCACAGUGGACGCUGUCGGCUGCUUCGAGGGGGAGAAGGAGGAAGUAGAACAAGAAGAAGAAGAAGUAGUAGAACAAGAAGAAGAAGUAGAACAAGAAGAAGAAGAAGAAGUAGAACAAGAAGAAGAAGUAGAACAAGAAGAAGGGGGUGAUGGAAAAAAUGAGGCAGCAGAUGAGAAAGUGUUGGAGGCAGCUGACACUGAAGACUACAACCCCCACACUACUUACGGAAGUAGUUUUGUGGUUCCUGUGUCUGGUUUCCUGUGUCGACUCUGCAACAAGUUUUUCCAAAGAGAGACGACGGCCCGACACACACACUGCAGGACACGCAAACACUACCUGAACCUGCAGAGGAGUCAGAAGAAGCCUGAAGACGAGGACACGCCUGUGGUGACCGGACCUGCUCACACUGUAUCCCAUCAUGCACCUGUUCUCUAACCACAAACAUCUGGAGACGUUCUUUAAGAAGAACCUAGAUUAGUGGGUCCUGAUCGUGUUGUGUUGAACUGUUGAUCCAGAUGUGAGGACUUAGAGACAAUAAUGAUAAUAAUGAAAUUACUUAUUCUACCUUUCAUAUCUGAACUGGUUUUACCAACAACACAACAGAGACAUUUUUUAAUGAAUACAGACAGAUUCUCUCUAGGAAUCAACAAUACACACAUCAUGGAUAUUUGAAAACAGAGUACACAUAUAAAAACAAGGCUCAGCAAUACACACAUUUUCCUAUAACCUCUUAAGAGGCGCCUGUCUGAGGAAUACCCAGGUAAAUUGAAAGCUGUUCUUGAACCCAGUGAAGUAGAAGGUUUUUAUUUCCGCCUGAAUAUUUAACAAACAAACCAAAUUUCAGAACUUGCUCAGGAGGACGGUUCAAAACAACAGUUUACAACAUUUGAGGGUUGAGGGUUGUUUUGUGUUACAAUACAACCCUAGUGUGUGAGUGUGAGUCCAAAGUCCCAGAACAUCCAGUGCUUUACAUGUCAACAAGUCACGAGUUCACGAAUGAUAACACACAGUAAACCACAUUAAGUACAGAGAGUUCAGAAACACCGAUUUAUUCAAGGUACAGAAACAAUCAGUAAUAGUUUCUGCUCAAUAACCAGUGGUCAAUAAAUCUGAUGAUUCUUUUUUUAAUGAUUUUUUGGUCUGAAAAUGUUUUUAUCUAAACAUAAGAAACUGUAAACAGUUGUUUGUUUGAUUUCAUAGAAUAAAAUAAUUAAUUUCCUGUUA